UGCUUUCUUCAUCGCCAUCCUUUCUUUCACCACCCCUAACACCCUAUCGGUCAAACAGUCACGAUGUCGGACCACUACGAGACUAUGGCCAAAUAUCUCUACGAUUGCGGUUGGGAAACCAUCGCCAAACGCCCCCUGCGACACCGAGACACUAACCCGGAAGACACUAACAUGGAGACCCGCACAUUCCUGAACUAUCUCACUGUCCAGGAUGCAGGUUUACCACCUCCUUCACGCCCGACACAGGCGAAGUCGGCAGUUGCUGAAAAGGCCAGGGAUCCGCGAAAGGUGAGCUUUGCACCCGACACACAAGAGCCAGUUGCCAGGUCAAGAAGAUAUUAUUCGGCAUCGCCUCCUCCUCGAAGCUCAACAGGUAGCUCGGAGCGAGUUGCCGGGCCCAAGCGCUAUUCGGCGUCGCCUCUUCGACGGUUACCUGGCCCGAGUAGGCCCAGCAGCCGGUCAAUCAGCCCCAUCACCAGCCCGAGAACAUUUUCGUCGCGCGCCUUCAAGUUGUCCGUGCCGUGGCCGAGUCAAGCCUCGCCCGUGGAAUGGUACGGCGUGGUCCCCGUCCUGCGCGACCAGGCCACGCACGCAGUCCUCUCGCACUGCGCGCCAUGGUCGUGGGUUUCCGACCCCGUCCCCUCGGCCGCAGAGGAGCAAGCCCUGUGGCAGCAGAUCGUCUACCGCCCCAUCGACCUCGCGGCCAAGCUCUGGGCGCUCAACCGGCACAACGCCGGCCUCCGGCGAUCGCUCGAGUCCUUUGCCACAUCCUUGCACAUCGCCGCCAACCACGCAUCAGCAGCCAUCACCUCGACACUGAUGAUACCUCCCAGCAGGUGGUGGUGGUGGUACCAGGAUCACUUCGAGGACUGGGUCUGGACCAUGUGGUCCGUCAGAGCCCGGCUCGAGAAGCUGCUCAAAGCUCUCAAGAAAGCCCUCGCCCGCCGCGAGGAGAUGGUGCGUCUCAUGGACAAGAUCAAGGCUCUCGCGACAGAACUACUACUACUAGCGGCAACAGCCGAGCCCGAGCCCGAGCCCAAGCCUAAACAUACACUUGCCGUCUACGUCUACUACCUGCUCCGCCUGUUUAAAUAGCCCGCCGCUGCAACUCCAAAAUCGCCUACCUGUCUAGCAUCCGGCAUGGUUGGUUUCUGUGCUGCGCUGCUCCCCGCGUUGGAGGCGGU